GAGGCAGGUGGAAGUCAUCAUAAAGUUUCUGUCUCCCCUGUUGUCCAUGUCCGAGGACUCUGUGAAUCUGUGGUGGAAGCAGACCUUGUGGAAGCUCUGGAAAAAUUUGGGACAAUAUGCUAUGUGAUGAUGAUGCCAUUUAAAAGGCAAGCUUUAGUGGAAUUUGAAAACAUUGAUAGUGCCAAAGAAUGUGUGACAUUUGCUGCAGAUGAACCAGUGUACAUUGCUGGGCAACAGGCUUUUUUCAACUAUUCUACAAGCAAAAGGAUCACUCGGCCAGGAAAUACUGAUGAUCCAUCAGGAGGCAACAAAGUUCUUCUGUUAUCAAUUCAGAAUCCUCUUUAUCCAAUUACAGUGGAUGUUUUAUAUACUGUAUGCAAUCCUGUUGGAAAAGUGCAACGUAUUGUUAUAUUCAAGAGAAAUGGGAUACAAGCAAUGGUUGAGUUUGAAUCAGUUCUUUGUGCCCAGAAAGCUAAAGCAGCACUCAAUGGAGCAGAUAUAUAUGCUGGAUGUUGUACACUAAAAAUUGAAUAUGCAAGGCCAACUCGCCUAAAUGUUAUUAGGAAUGACAAUGACAGUUGGGACUACACUAAACCAUAUUUGGGAAGACAAGAUAGAGGAAAGGGUCGCCAGAGACAAGCCAUUUUGGGAGAACACCCUUCUUCGUUUAGACAUGAUGGCUAUGGUUCCCAUGGUCCAUUAUUGCCUUUGCCAAGUCGUUACAGAAUGGGCUCUCGAGAUACACCUGAGCUUGUUGCGUACCCAUUACCACAGGCUUCUUCCUCUUACAUGCAUGGAGGAAACCCAUCUGGUUCUGUUGUAAUGGUUAGUGGAUUACAUCAACUAAAAAUGAACUGCUCAAGAGUCUUCAACCUAUUCUGCUUAUAUGGGAAUAUUGAAAAGGUAAAAUUUAUGAAGACCAUUCCUGGUACAGCACUGGUAGAAAUGGGUGAUGAGUAUGCUGUAGAAAGAGCUGUCACACACCUUAAUAAUGUCAAAUUAUUUGGGAAAAGACUUAAUGUUUGUGUGUCAAAACAACAUUCAGUUGUUCCAAGUCAAAUAUUUGAGCUGGAGGAUGGUACAAGUAGCUACAAAGAUUUUGCAAUGAGCAAAAAUAAUCGCUUUACAAGUGCUGGCCAAGCGUCUAAGAAUAUAAUCCAGCCACCAUCAUGUGUGCUGCAUUAUUAUAAUGUUCCAUUGUGUGUCACUGAAGAGACCUUCACAAAGCUGUGUAAUGACCAUGAAGUUCUUACAUUCAUCAAAUAUAAAGUGUUUGAUGCGAAACCCUCUGCCAAAACACUUUCUGGGCUGCUAGAAUGGGAAUGCAAAACUGAUGCAGUGGAAGCCCUCACGGCACUUAACCACUACCAGAUAAGAGUUCCAAAUGGUUCCAAUCCAUAUACAUUGAAGCUUUGCUUUUCUACAUCAUCCCAUUUAUAAGAAGAGAAGAGCAUGUUAGAAUUUAUGUUUACCUUGAUUACAACUUUAAAGUUACACUUCAUUAAAAAAUAAUCUAUAAUGAUUGAUCUAAUGUUGCCUUGCUUACUUUAAGAUCCUGUUCUGUAAUAAACAUAUUUUGCCUCAAGUAAAUUUGUUGUAAACUUAAAUAUUGAAUUGUUUUCAUUUUAAGAUAGAAUAUCAUAACGUAGACUAUCUACAGCUUCAUUGUAGAUUAUGCAAAUAUAUUAUUUCUAAUCUUAUUACUAUAAUUUUUCUUCCACAGUAAAAAUAUAUUUGCAUUCUUAAUGCUAAUUAUCUGCAAGUAUUUUUCCAUUGUGUAUGAGAUUAAUGCAGGUGAAAGUAUUGCAUUUUAAUAUUAUAGAAUUCCUAUUAUAUGUUUAAGUAUGUUGCAGUUAC